CCGAGGAGUGCCGUGGAGAGGCAUGCUCUGGGGCGAGAGCCUUACUCUCCGCAUUUCGGGGUUUGGUUGUGAAAGUUGUACUUGGUUGAACUAUCUUACCAGGAUUACGGUUGUGAAAGCCCGUGGAGUAUCUUCAAGCUACGCUAACCGGUUUCCACCUGAAGAUGCGGCCUGGACUGGCGCUGCGGGCGGCCCUCAUCACCGUGGCCCUGGCGGACAUGGGUCUCAUGGCCCUCUGUGGCCCCACCGACCACAGCCCCCAUCCUCAAACGCACACUUCUGCCAAGACAUCCGCACAGACACCGCUAAAAUCCACACAGGAGCCUAUAACACCCAUCCAAACUCCUUUUACACCUACACAGACGUCAGAAACACUCGCACAUACACUAUCCGCACAGGCGUCAGUAAUACCCACACAAAGACUACUUACACCCACCCAUGCCUCGCUAACAUCCACACAAGCGUCGCUAACACCCACACAAGCACCACUACCGCCCACACAGACGCCAACAACACCCACGCGAGCGCUACUCGCAUCAACAGAACACAUGCAGCAACCACCCACCGCGCAGAGCCGUGAGGCAUCCACAACACUCCCUCACACGCAAAUCCCAUCGACUUUCUAUCGCGUACCAUCGUCACCCAACCCCCACGACCCACAGAUACCCACCACGACGCCGCACCGUCUGCAGCCCUUGCUCAUUCCGCAGCAUGUUUCAUUUGUUGCAUUGUCCUGCACAUUCAGCUGCCAGCCGCAGAAGAACAGGCAGGU